AUGCGUGCGCUGAAAUCUUAUUAUCGUAUUUACCGGCUUUGUGGUGUACCUUGUUUCCCUACACCUAUUUCUCGUUCGUGUGCUGUCAAACCGUCAUGGUUGCCCGAAGAUCUUACAGAACAUUUUGAUGCUUUUAAGAAAAAUAUAAUAUCCGAGUAUGAAAACGUCACUAAACUCAUGACAUCUGGGGCAAAAGAAUGUGACCUUAUUCCUUUAUCUGAAUGUUGGAAGAAUUUAAGACCAAUAGUAGAUGUGAUUGAAGAACUGGAUAUAUUACUUGAAGCUGAUAAAGAAGUAGACCAAUUAGUGGCAGAUAUUGUCGGUACUGACACUGAGGAUGAUGUUGAUGAUUUAAAAGCGAUUGCUGAGUUGGAACGUAAACAAAGAAAUGUUCAGCGUGAAGCGUUGGAAAAAAAGCUCCUUAGUUUGCUACUUCCGACUGAUGAACGUGAUCUUAAUUCAGCUGUAAUAAUGGAACUAUUCGCUGGGGCUGGCGGUAAAGAAGCUGGUUUAUUUGCUCAUGAUUUAAUGAAUAUGUAUCAUGCUUUCGCCAUACAACGAAAUUGGUCCUUUACUGUUUUACACAAAACUGUAAUGUCGAGUGAAGAAUGUGCUCCAUCCCAUAAUGAAACUUCACUUUCGUAUAUUCGUAUUGAAAUUGAAGGUGAACCAACUACAGAAUCCGGUAUAAUGUCGUUUGGUGCUUAUGGUCAGUUAAAAUGGGAGGCUGGCGUUCACCGUGUUCAACGUGUUCCUGUUACUAGUAGUCAGAAUAAGAUUCAUACUAGUACAGUAGCAGUAUCGAUACAACCUAAGUAUGGCGAUGUUGAUAUCGAUAUUCCUGAUAAUGAUUUAAAAUGGGAAUUCCAUCGCCCAACCGGUCCUGGCGGUCAAAAUGUGAACAAGUCGACUAGUGCAGUUCGCCUGACACAUUUGCCAACCGGUAUAGUCAUUUCAUGUCAACGUGAACGUUAUCAACAUAUAAACAAAGGUUUGGCAUUAGACAUGCUCAAGGAAAGGCUUCAUGAAAUUCAUUCAAAAUCGCAGUCUCACUUAAUUGAUUCCAUCCGUCGAUCUCAUUUGGGAAAUCUAGAUAGAUCAGAAAAAAUUCGAACUUACAAUUUUCCACAAGAUCGUAUAACAGAUCAUCGGUUAAACAACUCUUGGAAUAAUUUAUACAGAUUUAUGAAACAAGCUGUUGGAUUAAGUGAAGUAAUAGAGAGCUUAUACAAACAAGAUCAACGAGAACAAUUAAAACGAAAGCUAUCGCGCGGUUUUCGACUGCCUGUAAUCAGAACUCAAGGAACAAGCAGUUUGCUACUUCUAUUUAGCUUAAUAGCGAAGCAUCGUUGGUUAAACUUUUGUGGUGUAUCACAUUUAAAAGUUGUUGCCUGUUUCGUUCGCUUGACCGCUGUUUUUUCUCUAACAUAUUCAUCAUUACUCCAAAAGGAGAAGUCAUUCACUGUGGGUAUUUCAACAAAAGAAGCGUCAGAAACACCUAAACAAAUAUCUAAGUCACGCAAAUCAACUGGGACUAUAAAUUCAAGCUCUUCAGGAACAGAAGGUUCCAGUGUAAUCAGUCGUAAGCAUACAACUAUUGAAUCGAACCAUGACAUAGGAACAGAGAAUAAACACUUUCCCAGUAAACAAUAUUCAAAAUCCAAGCCAUCUCUUACCGGACAUCAUGUGGAUUUAUCUGAACCUUACACUGACAUACUUCCGAGCUUAAUCCCAAUAGGAGCAUCUCAAGCGGAACCCGUGAAUAAGUUUCGUAACGAUUCUGAUAUGAUCACUUCAGUUUCUUCACAUACGCAGUAUCCUGCACAAAGAUUUUCACGUGACCUCAAUCAGAGCUCAGUUGAUUAUACACCCACCAGGAAAACGUAUAUUUAUAUUAAGGAUGAUUCUGUAGAAGAUGAUACAGAUGAGGAAUUAUCAAAACCAAGUUCGAUGUCAUCCACCUUGUCCAGAGUUACUGGUUGGCUCAAUCGGAGUGCCCAUGAAUUUACGAAACCUAGGUCUCCAAGGGAUGAGUCUGUUUAUGAAAAAUCCAAACUUAGUGUUCGUCGUUCCUCACACAGCAAUGAUCGUUUACAAAUAUCAGAUACAGAUAGUUCUGAUAUAGAAAAGUCCACUCAGAGCCCUUUCUUCAAGAGAUUAUAUUCCUCUCCGUUCAGGAACAUGAAAUCGCGAGAUACUGGAAUCACAACGUCUCCUGGUCUUCUCUUCACUCCACCAUCUAGGAAUCUUGAUAAGCCGACAUAUCACGGUGUUUCUAUUUUAUCUGAAGAUACUGAUUUCAAUGAUCUUGUUCGUAGCCGAAAGCAGCGUGAUCAAAAGAACAGCUUUUCAAAUUAUUUCUUAUUUGGGAAGCAUUUCCCUUGCAGUGUCUCAAAUAUCCCUAAUUUGAUUCUUAUUUCAAGCAUAAUCGUGUGUUUUAUGUUAGUUGCAAGUUAUUUAUUCUUGAAGGAUCACCAUGGAGAAGUUGGUAAAAUGGCAGAUGUACAGAAGUUACUUUGUCGAUCUCCAGGCGACUACAAUAAUAGUCUUACAAAAGGCUUACAUCGCUGCCUACAUGAAGAUGAUCUAACUGCAUCCUUAUGGGUUCUUGGGAUUUUAUAUGAUAUUCUCAGUCGUUACGCUGGAGAGUUUUACUGUAAAGUUGGAGUUUUAACUAGUCCUCGUCUAGAUGUAUCUUCUGCUGAACGUUUGGUUGAGCACAGCUUACAAAUGAAAGGCUGGCCAACAUUUCCGAAAACUGAUUUUCGUCGGGUGUGGGAUAAUACACUUUAUGUGUUACUUCAUGUUGGGAAGACACAUUUUAGUCUUGUUGCUGUUGACGUUAGCAAAUCUGAACUAGGACCGCUCAAUCGAGUAAUCCAAAUAACUGAACUUGAAAGUCUUAAACCAUAUUUUCCUGGCGUUUGUCGACUCCGACGGUGUUUUCAAUGGUUUGCUGGUGUAUGCGUAACUUUUUUCUGGGUCGUAUUAGUUUGUGUGAUUAUUUUGGGGGUUUGUUAUGGAGUUUAUCUACUUCGCUCUAGAAAAUUACGCGCAUUAGAACGUCAAAACUGUCGAGUAAGAGAACUGGUGGCAGAAGUUGUAUACUUGCUACAAGAUCAGUUACGAGAAAAUGAAGCCAGUGCUAAUCAGCCUCCUUAUGUUCCUGUCUAUAUGAUACGUGACCGCUUGCGUCAAAAACAUAACGACUUAGAUCGGUUGUGGCCUGAAGUUACGCGUUAUGUUUAUGAAGUAGAAACUUGUAUCGGUGUACAAGAAUGGAGAGGUGUAGGUGAAACAUGGCAGUGGCAAAGCGGCACAGGUUGGCAAGGUUCUGCACUUAUGGACACGUCACAGAAGCCAAGUUUUAUUGUUCCCCCAACGGAGUGCUUGAAAAUAAGGAAUAUGUUUUCUACUGAAAGUAUCGAUGAACGUGGACGUAAAAGAAUCAAACGCGAACUCUUAAAAAAAUUAAUGCCUUGUGGGUCCAUUUUACACAUAGGUUUAGAUAGUGUUGGAAUAAAUGGAUUGGUGUAUGUAAAGUGUGCAGAUCCGGAAACUGCAGGUCGCGUUUUCCACUCGAUACAUGCUAAUUAUUUUGAUGGUCGUUUGUUGACUGUAAAGUUCUUGCGGGAUAAUAAAUAUUGUUUACGCUUCCCUGAGGCUCAUAGUAUAACACAGCCACUUCAAAUAGAAGAUUUCGAAUGA